AUGAUAUAUUCACAGCCCUAUAUAAACCACGAUAUCCUCAAGAAGAUUGAGAAGAUACGUCGUCUUCUGGACGAGGGCCGGAAACUGUAUCGCUCCGCCGAUCAAGUGUCCAAAAACACUUACACUUACCUAAGAGAGCGACUGACCUCUAGCGCUGGUAAUGAUAACAGGUACACCACCUUGGCCGAACAGCUGAGACAGAGGAUUACUGAUAUCAAAAUUAAAAUUGACCGUCAACUCCGGUUACUGGACGCUCUGAAGUCGCAAGUCAAAGAUCAAGUUGUUGUAAUUCAGCGACUUGAGGUCGACAUUGACAUCAAACUACGCACAUGCAAGGGCUCUUGCGCCAGCUACAGUGAGUUCUCGGUGGACAGGGAGAGCUAUGCUGCUCUGGACAAGCAAAUGGACCAUCUCAACACUUUCCAUGUCCAGAGCGUGGAGACCGUUAGUUCUCUGGGAAUCAUGAAGAGCAGGCCGUUGAAGGACGUGGUGUUACCCUCCAUAUUUAAAAGCGGAACGGGCAAAGGCGAGCAGAAGCAGCUCCUCUUCGGAGACGUGGGUCAGAUGCAGCUUACUCUGGAGGCGGAGGGAUCCACUGCCGAAUCUGCCGCCACUGUUAGCAAGUUCCCCACAUCAGGUACGGGCUCAACUUCUUCCUCUACAUCACAUACGUCCACCUCCACCUCCACCGUCAAGCAGUGCACCAAAUCAGUGCGCAAGGUGGUGACACACACCAAAGACGGUCCCGUGGAGAAGAUUGAGGUUUCGACUAGCGGCCCCGGCUGUGAAGAUUUAGAAAAAAUGGGAAUUUCAGAUGCAGACUUUUUGACGGCAGCCAAAGAAGGGAAAGAUCUGAACCGUGAUGGAGUCAGAAUAACCGUGAGCAGUGGGAAUGAAAAGUCCACUACUUCUCUCACUCAUGGCACAGAUGGCCUAGGUGACUUCGGUGGAGGUUUCUUCACGGGUCUUGACACUGAUAAGCAAAGGUUAUCCUCAUCUUCAUCCUCAUCCUCCACGAAAAGAGUCGUGUCAGAUGGAAGCAAGAGUUAUUCAAAGACCACCCUCUCUAGUGACCCAGGUUUUGGGGAUGACCUUGGGGCGUUCAUGCGUGGCGACGUGGAAGAGGAUCUACCCGACAUCCACGCACGAAGCGUGAAAUCGCACGACGAGCGCAAGGCUGGCUUUGUUGGUGGAGAUUGCGCUGAAAUUCUGCAGAAGCAUGCGAAUGGCGGUCAGAGCGGCCUGUUCAAAAUAAAGCCGGCUGUGUCGGAGGAGAUAGUAGAGGUUUACUGUGACCAGGGCACUGGGUUGGGAGGCUGGACUCUGGUUCAGCAGAGGGAGGAUGGGUCUGUUAACUUCAAUCGCACUUGGAAGGAGUAUCGAAAUGGUUUUGGCCGGUUAGACCAGCAGGGUAAGGGCGAGAUCUGGAUCGGCAACAAAUUUCUACACCUUCUCACUCAGAAAGAGAGUCUUCUAAGGGUGGAGCUGCAGGACUGGGCCGGGAAUGAGGCCUACGCCGAGUACAGCGUUAGAGUUGGCUCGGAGGCCGAGGGCUUUCUGCUGACCGUGUCGGAUUACGUGGGGGAUACAGGUGAUGCAUUAGUGCAAGGUCAGCCUAACCUCGGAUCCUUCCUUUCACAUGCUGGCAUGAAGUUUAGCACCUUUGAUAGGGACAGCGAUAAGUGGGAGGAGAACUGUGCAGAGAUGUAUGGUGGAGGGUGGUGGUACAAUAACUGCCAGUCGGCCAACCUUAAUGGGAUUUACUAUAAAGGAGGCCAGUACGACCCUGGCACCGCAGUCCCUUAUGAGAUUGAGAAUGGUGUUGUGUGGCUGCCUUUCAAACCAGCUGAUUACUCCCUCAAAGUGGUGAGAAUGAAGAUCAGACCUGUCUAAAAAUGAAAAGAGGGGAUGGGGAAAAGGACAGAUAGCCAUUGUUUUGAAUGAUCUGCUUGUCAUAAUGUGAAGACGUCAUGUUGCCAUGUAUGCUUUCACACAACCAGCUUACCUCAUGUUUCCAAUAAAAAUGUGUUCAC